AGCUCGCUACUUUCAGCAAUUUAGAUCUGGCAACCCUGGCCACGACAACAACAACCUCUUCCUUAACACCACCUGACAAGAAGCCUUACAUUACUCUCUAGUUUCUCAAAGAUACAAAACAGACUGGUGAAGGAUGGCCUCUUUAGAGAAAUGGGCCAUUGGAGCACUUGAGAAGCUCGGUAUUCCCGACCCUGGGGAUAUUGUCCGAUACCUGCAGCCCAUUGACAACCCAUCAGAGGUGGAAUCCUAUUUAAUAUCAAUGCUGGAUGUGAAUCAAGCAUCUCACCAGAAAUUUAUUGAAGAAUUCAUGAUGAAACAAGAAGAGGCCAAGUCAAAUGUUGAUUCCAGAUUUUACCGAAAACCAGAUUUGGAAGAGAAUAUGGGGUUCAAAAUUAAUGAUAACAAGAAGAAACAAAAAGGUCCAAAAGAAAAUGGAGCAACCAGUGGCAAAAGCCAGAAAGAAGUGCCCUCUAGUGCUAGUUCUAGUGUUCCUAGUUUAACAACUUUAGGGAAGAAAAAGACAAAGUUUGUUAGCCUGUACUCAGAUGAAGGACAGAACAGGGAUGUAGUUUUUCUAAGUGGAAGGCACAAGUGUGAUUGCCAAGCAAGUAAGCACAAACUAAUAAACAAUUGCCUUAAGUGUGGUCGAAUUGUAUGUGAACAGGAAGGUUCGGGACCUUGUCAGUUUUGUGGAAACUUGGUAACGUCAAAAGAAGAAAAAGAAGUUCUAAGCCGAAACUCACGUAAAUCAGAGGCACUUCAAAAGCGGCUUCUUAGUGAGAAAAAUGCCGUUGUCAAUGACGCCCCUACUGAAAUUGGACAAUCGUCUGAUACUUUAAAGAAGGCUGUUGAACACAAAAAUAAACUCCUGGAGUAUGACCGCACAAGCGAAAAGAGAACCAAAGUUUUUGAUGAUGAGAGUGACUAUUUCAAUGUCAGUUCUCGGUGGUUGAGUCAGGAAGACAAGGUGAAACUUCAGAAACGGGAAGAGGAACUUAGAAGCAUAAAAUAUGACAGAAGCCAUCAGACAUUUACCAUAGAUCUCUUUGGUCGGAAGGUUAUAACUGAUGAUGCGAUAGAUGGUCUUUAUGAUCCGGAUGAUCCUUUGGUUAGAGAACUUCUUGAAGGCAAAACCACUGAUAUAUUUUCAGCUCCAGAUCGAGAAGAGUCAAGUCCACUAGUUGAGGUAAAUCGACCCCAGUAUGUAGAUACUCAUACUAAAGCUGGUAAAGCACAGAACAACAGUAAUUUUUGGAAGAUUGGUGGCAAUUUUCGUUUACAGGACCGUGAGCUACAAGAAAUGACAGAUGAAGGUGUGUGUCUGAGCAUGCAUCAGCCUUGGGCAUCACUUUUGGUGGCUGGCAUAAAAAAGCAUGAAGGAAGAAUGUGGUAUUCCCCACAUCGAGGAAGGCUCUGGAUUGCAGCUGCUUCAAAGGUACCGACCCCAGAAGAAAUAAGACAAUUAGAACAUCAGUACAGUGUUCUUUUACAGGAUGAGAACCUGCCAUUCCCACAUCAUUACCCAACUGGCUGUCUCUUAGGCUGUGUAGAUGUGACAGAUAUCCUUCCACAGGAGGAAUACCGCAGUGUUUACCCUGAUGGGGAAAGUGAUAGUCCCUAUGUCUUUGUGUGUGAAAAUCCACAAGAAAUGAUCAUCAAAUUUCCAAUUAAAGGGCAACAUAAAAUCUACAAGUUGGAUCCAAAAAUUCAUCAAGCAGCAAAGAAAGCAAUAAGGGCAAGAGAAGAAUAAUACAAACUCAUAUUAGAUUGUUCAUAUUACAUAUUAUACUUGCAUCAGUGGAACAUGAUAUAGGAUAACUUUUCAACUGCAUAAACUUUCCAUUUUGGGAUUACAUAUAUAAUUUACUUGGAUUAUUUGAACAUUGUUAAGCUCUACAUUUUUUAUUUAUGUUAAAUUGUAAUUAAAAGCAAAUACUGUACUGUAUAUGGUGGCUUUGGCUGAAUUGUUUCUGCUGUAAUUAUAAUAGUUUAAAGUAUGUUUGUGUCACUCGAUGCUAACAAGUAAAGUUUUGACAAUAUA